CAGUGAAUCGGAGAUGUUUCCACAAAAUUAUUUUUGUUCGUCAAAGAGAGUUCGAGUCGUCUUUGGGUGGCUGACAAUGAUCACCCUGCAUUUUGGUCCCAUGUGAAGUCGUCUCUUGCCUUGACGAGUCCGUUGCUGGCCAGGCGGGGAGACCGUGGACAACUCAAUGCAGCUGGGCAGUGAUAGAGAAGCGCGGAUCGCCAAUGCAUUCGUCUCAGCUCCGGCCCUCAGCCCUACUGGGCCGGGUGGCUCAUCACAGGCCGCCGACCUCAAGCAGUUCGUGCAGUUUCUGGACAGGAAAAUGCUGACAGAGAAUGCAUGUAUCGGGGGAGUUCCGCUGCUUCAUUUCAUGGCCGGUCAUGCCCGUGACGACCUGGUUAGAGAGCUGCUUCGGCGGGGAGCGUCAGUGGCGACAACACAGCAGGGUCUGACACCACUGCAUUUCGCCGUUAGUCGGGACCAUACUCAGUGUCCACCGGGAGAUCAGGAACGGCGAGUGAACAUCAUACGAGCCCUGGUCAAGGAGGCCAGAUGCCAGGUCAACGCUCAGGAGCUACGGGGUUGGACAGCAUUGAAAUUUGCUGUCAGGUUUCGACUUAACCUGUGUGUGCAAGAACUAAUAAAUCAUGGAGCGAACGCCGACUUGCAGGACCAGGAGGGAUUUGCACCCCUACACAAUGCAAUCGGUGCCGUGCUGAUACUGAGAACGCUACUGCCGCAUGUACGGCACGUGGACUCACUGAACCAUCGCAAGCAGACGGCACUGAUCAUCGCGCUCGUCAACCGAGACCUAGAGUCGGCCGAGCUCCUACUAUCCGCCAAUACUAACAUGAACAUUGUGGACAUGGAAGGGAACACCCCGCUCAUCCUGGCCACUCGCAUCGGCAAUCUGAAACUGGCACAGCUCAUCAUCAAGAAAGGCGCCAACGUGGGCUUUGUGUCACCGCUAACCGGCCGCCAAGCCCUGCACUACGCCACCGAGAGCAAUCUCAACGACCUGGCGGCGUGGCUGGUGCGGCACGGCGCGGACAUCUUGGCCGAGGACAGCCAAGGCCGCAACGCCCUGCACCUCUGCAGCCCGGCACUCUCUGUCAGCUUGAAAGAGAGUGCGGCAGCGGCAGCAGUGGCCGAGGGCAAGAUUGGCUAUGUGCAGCGGCUUGUCGAGCUUGGCCUGGAUAUCAACGCGGCAACGGGGGUGUCAGGCGCCCCGCUAUUGCACCGAGCUGCGUACUGCGGUCAUUCGGACUUGGUCAACUACCUCCUGCAGAAUGGAGCCUCGGUAGCGCUGGUCGACAAUGAGGGCGACAGUGCCAUUCACUAUGUGUGCCUGAAGGACUUGGCUGAGCGGUAUCACGCGCAGGCGCUGCACUUGCUGCUUGCCUACGGGGGCGAUGCCAGCCUGCCGAACAAGAAAGGCGACACGCCGCUUCACAUCGCUGCCAGGCAAGGCUUCAACCACCGUGUCCACAUGCUGCUGGAGAAUGGUGCGGAUCGCUCUGCGGUGAACAAGCGCGGCGAGCUGCCUCUGCACCGAGCUUGUGGCAAUCCCGAUGCACACAUGACAGUGUGCAUGUUGCUCGAUGGCGUGCCCAAGUCGGUCGUAAACCGGGCGACUGAAGAAGGCUGGACCCCACUCAUGUAUGCAGCGAAAGCAGGUGCGAUUGAGAUCGCCAGCUUUCUUGUCGAACAGCAAGCAGAUGUUAAUGUCCGGCAGCGUGCCGGUUUCACGGCGCUGCACUUUGCCGUCCAGUGCACCAAGACGAACGUCCGUCUGGAGCUGUGUGACCUGCUGCUACAGCACAGCGCCUGCCCGAACGCACCGGCCGGCAGUAGCAUGCUGACACCGUUGCAUUGGGCCUGUGCCAACGCACUCAGUGACGUCUGUAAGCUGCUACUCGAGCACGGUGCCGAUCCACAUCAGAAAGACAUGGAAGGUGACACGUCCCUGGCACUCAUUCCUGACAGUUCCAGCAAGCUCCGUGAGGCAUUAGAAGAAAUGGCAUUAGCGACUGCUCCGGUCCCGCAGCGUCAAUCCUCCUUGCCCUCCCUGCCCACGCACCGGGAGGAGCAGCGGCCCGACAUGGCCACGCAGCUGUCCUACGACGGCUCGGCGUCGCCGUCGGCGUCCAUCGUCUCCUCGGCCAGCCAGGCGUCGAUCACCACGCCGUCGCGCGCACCCAUUCCGAUGCCACGUCGCCGCAAGAAGACCAACUCGGACAGUCACCUGCACGCGUCCGUUUCCGAAUCGCUCAGCCCUAAUCAGGUGGGUGACGGUAGCAGCGGCAAUCUGAGCAAGGGCGAGAUGUUCAUGCCGAACUCCGGCAUCAGCAGAAACGCAACGUCCGUGUCCAGCCUUUCGUCCAGUGGCACAUCCAUGUCGCCGGGAGCCGUGGAGCCACAACGGCAAUCGGCGGCGGCGAGAGAGAAGGCAGCAGAGGCGGCACGGGAAGAAAAGGCGCGGGAGGCCGCCGAGGAGGAACGGGAGAAUUCAGUCGACGAGGUGGAUGGACAUCUCCCAGCGGAUGUGUCCGUGCCGGAAGAAAUCGAUGGCACAGACCUGCCAGCGCUGGCACUGGCACCGUCUCCAUCGCAUGACCAGGCGUUCAAGCCCGAGAAGCAGCGAUCCUUUGGCAACCUGCACCAGGUGAAUGACUCCAAGCCUGGCUUGGAGGAGUCACUCUACCUCUCUCAGUCCAUGCAGGAAAACGACACGGCGCGUGCACCCACACCGACGAGCGACGAGCAGCUUGAAAUGCUGUGCUUGUCGGCGGCCGACUUGCCUCAAGAGACAUCGCUCGGGUCUGGUGCUUACUCAGAUGUCUAUCAGAGUACGCACAACAAUGAGAAGGUGGCAGUCAAGCUGUUCAAGAACCUCUCGAUGGAUGAGGUUGUGGAUGUUUUCGACAAAGAAGUGCGGUUACUCAGUCGUCUCAAGCACCCUAAUGUGCUUCGCUUCAUCGGCUACGUGACCGAGCCAGGCUUCUAUGCCAUCGUCACUGACCUGCUCGAACGUGGCAGUCUGUACGAGAUACUGCACAAUCGGAGUAUUGACCUCGGGUGGACGAAGCGACUCAAAAUGAUGUUGGAUGCAGCACUGGGCAUGGAAUACUUGCAUUCCUGUCGUAUGCUGCACAGAGAUCUCAAAUCCAUGAACUUACUGGUCAGCGCAGACUGGGUUGUCAAAGUUGCAGACUUUGGUCUGACCAAGGUGCGCAUGCACACACAGACCAUGGCGAGCUCGCUGAAAGGCACACCAGCGUACAUGGCCCCGGAGCUACUGGAUAGCAAGCCGAUUUCUGAAGCGACAGAUGUCUAUGCCUUUGGCAUCAUAAUCUAUGAAGUGGCCACACGGAAGCGUCCGUAUCACGAACACACCCUGAACCCCAUCCAGUUGAUGAUGAUGGUCCUGAAGGGCACUCGGCCUACACUGGAGCUAAGUAAUGACAUACCGGAGGGAGUUGUGGAGCUGGCGAAGCGGUGCUGGACCGCUGACUUCCGACAGCGGCCACCCUUUCGUGAGAUCUGCGAGUGGCUCCAGGCGUUGAACGCGUGUGUCGAUGACAACUGAGCGCUGCCAUGAUCCAUUCUGGACACAGUGAGUCACCUGGCAGCAUCACCUUCCAGAAAACUACAGCUAGUCUCUCUAGGACCACUGCCCUAGUGCAAACCUUGCCGAAUUCUUUAUUCAACGAACUGGUAACAUGUGCCUUGCGCCUAAUAGUACAUUUUCCCGUGGAGACGUGCAACGGUGUACGCCGUCGGCACUGAGUCGUCCUUUUGAACUGUCCAUGAAACACGUGACAACACCUCUUUCUCUCUCUCUCUCUCUCUCUCUCUCUCUCUCUCUCUCUCUCUCUUUCUCUCUGUCUCAUUUUUCUAUCUAUAUCCGUCUCUCUCUCUCCUUGCUGUUUGUCCUCUCAUCUGCACUGCCGAGCUAUUGCUACACUUGCACUGCUCCGAUCUUCACUCCAGUCUUGUGACGAGCAUGCUUGGCUGUCACUCAUCUAGCGGGAAACCUCUGCACCCAUGCUAGUUCUGCUGUCAAUAUGUAUAAAUACUUUCUUCAAAAAAUUCGUCCUAGGGAAUCACUAUCAAAAGAAAGCACUGAAAGCCCCGAUUCACCACCUUCCCUCUUUCCGUACUCUUUGGCGAUUGCUCCGCUUGACCUGAUGAUUUUUUUAGAUUCUAUCCUUUUUCUUAUCGGCGCCGUGACAAACGUUAAUGCCCCUCUCAUCUUCUGCUACUUGCACGUAUGGUUUUUGGUUAUUCUUCUGCUAUUGUGUCACACCUGUACAUAAAGUGGUUUUUAUUCUAAGUAUUAUUACGGAUGCCAAGGUGUGUGGUCGCCCGGCUCCACCGAGAAUCCCUAACCCCCCUCUGUAUUUGAACUCUUGCCCUCUCCACUCAGUGGUGCUGUUGACACAUGUCUGUAUUGAGGUGCUUUUUACCACUCCUGCUCUGUCUCGACCAUAGUAGGAUGCCUAUCUCUAUGUUUUUAACAGUUUCUUUUUUUUUUUUAUGGUUCCGCUUUGCGGUAGAAUUGCGUACGAGAGGGAUUCUUUCCUUCUUCUUUUUUCUACCGGUAACUCUACAA